AUGUUGUGUAAGUACAUUCGUAAGUCCUUGAGAAUCAUUACCUACCGAACCAAAAAUAAGCCAUCACCACAGUUCGGUGAAAGAAAGGCAAUACCAAUGCAUACUGGUAGCAUUUUAGCUACAUUUCCACCUGGUGUAGAUUAUAAUAAUAAACAAUUCUUUGGAUAUUUAACCCUUUAUAACUCGACACUAUCUUCUUUUUCCAAUAUCAUCAACUGGACCAACUAUACCAAUAUUGUGACAGAGUUCGAUCAAUGGGAUCCUAGUCUGUUAACAGAGUUGAUUGAGUACUCUCAUCAAAGAGGUGUUGCUGUCCACCAUAUGCAUGCAUUGGGCUGUUCCAGUGGAUCUUCGUUCUGCAAUGACUAUUUCGCCAACUCUCAAUAUAUUUACGAUAUUGACUACAUGGCUAAAAUGGGAGGUGAUGGUUUCCACAUGGAUAUCGAAGGUUCUUUUGACUACGACACCUACAAAGAGGAAUGGACCAAAGAGGCAUUCGGUUAUUUGAAAUCCAAGAAUAACAACUAUAUCGGUUCAUUAGCAGUUGGUUGCUAUAGUCCUGAACAUUACAAUUCGGAUUACGCAGAUUUUUUCAUCUUGAUGUGCUACGACAUGGGAUGGGGUUCCAAUCCACUAGCGCCAAACUCACCAAUCGCCACGGUUAGAGCCAGAGUUGAAGAGUGGAAACCCUUUGUUAACCAUCUAGGAAAGAUUAUUAUUGGUCUACCGAUUUACGGUUACUUUGCUGACUGUGUAAACAUGGACUACGGACUCUUUGGAACUACCUGUCACAUCGAUGGUGAAAAUGGAAACAAUUCCACCGGAAUAAGUGGUAUCUACCAACUGGAGAAUCAAUACUCCUAUGUAUCCUACCAAACUCUACCAACUGGAGAGCCUUUCGCAAAUGUAGUUACAGAUACAGAAACUUGGUCGAUUCGACAAUAUCAAUACGACACUCCAGCUUCACUCUAUGCCAAAACUGUAUCAAUGGGUGUUGGUGGCACUGCAAUUUGGAGACUUGACUUUUUCAUUGGCCUCCAAACAACUAAAUUGAAUUCAUUCUAUGUUGCAUUAUCGCCAAAUAAUUUAUAA